GAUCAGUUAGAGAUAAACACAUAACUGCUGUUUAAAGUCACAGAGUUGAAGUGCCAUUGAUCUCUCCUCUACUCAAAGCUGACUACUCCUCUAAGCCAAGAAUCACUAAAACCAACUGAAAAGCGAAGGGGGAAUGCACAGGAAGUGUUCAUAGAACCUUGGGAUCCUGUGGUUCAAUGGUUACUUUAAAGCACCUGAGCGUAAAAGAGCGUGAUGAAGAUGGUGUUCCACUGCUGGCUGAGGCAGACAGUGCUGAGAGCCCGGGCAUUAAACACAGGAGGGAGUCCAGAGAAUUCUUCCUCACGCAAAGGAAAAAUCUUGGCCUGAGCCUCGCUCUGCUCCUGAGCUGUUAUUCAGCAAUCCUUAUCCCUGCUUAUCUGCCUACUAAGCAGCCGACCUGCAUUGAAAGUUCCACAGAAGAUUAUAUGGUGAUAAUGAAUCGCUCAGCAGCUCUGCUGUCUCGGCCUUGUAUAAGCGGCUUGACCAAAGCAACGCUGCAGAAAGUGCAUUCCACAGCUGUGAAUUUCCACAGCCUGGUACAGAUUGCAGCAUUCCUGCAAAAUGGAACCAGACACUGGGAGCUGCCACCUCCACUUGGUCUGCUUGGCAGUGAGGGUAUGUUGGCACAGGCACUUAGAGUUCUACCCAAUUCUGGACUACCCUCUGUCUCAAACAAGUGUAAAAGAUGUAUGGUGGUUGGGAGUGGUGGAACCUUACAUGGCAAACACCUUGGAGCCCAUAUUGAUAAAUAUGACAUCAUUAUUAGAAUGAACAAUGCACCAGUGUUUGGUUUUGAGGAAGAUGCAGGCUCAAGAACCACAAUUCGGCUGCUUUAUCCUGAAGCAGCGUCUUUCUUACCACAGGAAUAUCAGAACACAGACAUAGUAGCUUUAGUUGCAUUCAAGAGGCUAGAUUUAGAGUGGUUGAUCUCUAUUGUAACAAAAAAGCCUUUGAGCUGGUGGAAUAAACUGUGGUUCUGGAGAGACGUUGUAAAUGAUAUUCCACUACAGCCAGGAAACUUUCGCAUCUUGAACCCUGAAAUACUUAGGCGAACAUGGAAGAUACUGCAAACCUAUGGAAAACAUGAAAGCAUGACAGUGCCAACUUUAGGCUUCACUGGUGUGGUGUUGGCACUACAGCUGUGUGAUGAAGUAAGCCUGGCAGGCUUUGGUUAUGACUUUACACAUCCUGGAUCUCUGCUCCAUUACUACGGUACUGUGCGUAUGGACCACAUGAUGGCACAAGUAGUGCAUGAUGUCAGCGCAGAGAGCAGUUUACUGCGGGACCUCGUCAAGUCUGGAGUCGUGCACGAUGUCACGGGUGCAGUGUGGCAAACAGCGGGGCUCAUUCACCAAACUAAAAUUGAAACUGAAAAAAAUAUUAAUAAUACUCAAAUUUAAUAAGUAAACAAAUAUUUGUAUUCCAAAAGAGCUCUUGAGGUUACCUUUCUUUGUCAGCUUCAAAUCUAAUAAAUGGCAAUGAGUAUCUGCACUAUUAUACAUGAAUUAUGAUGUCAGAGUUUAAAUGCCAAAUUUCUUUCACCUUUUCUUACAGUUUUAUGACUUGGUUGUUAUGUGUUAAGGAUUUAAAAGAAAGUGAUCUAAAUGAAAUACAGUAGUAUAGCAAUUCAUUUGGAACAAAAAAGAUAUAAGCCUUAUAAAGUGAGUUAAAGCAAGUGGUAGCUGGCACAAUGUAGUGGUUGAGUGGCAUUACUGUGUGAUUUUGUGGACACCACACAUAGAUGUUUGCUCUUAAUUGUUUUUUUUAAUAUAAAGUGUUUUCAGCUCUGUGAGCUUUCUGUUUUUUUUUUUCCCAUUUGUGUUUCUAAUUUAGUAGAACACACUUGGUAAUUCACAGGUGGAUUGACAUGUAUCAACAUCUGUAUUAGAAAAUAAAGAGAAAAUAAACAUUAGACAAACUUU